AUGCGGUAUCUUGCAAGUCUGGCUCUUCUCUGCCAUUUGGCACUUGGUGCCCCUUCUACUCCGGCUGAACACUCCGCACGUACUGCAGCAGUCUUCGAAGUGGACAGGUUCUUCGCGGGAAGUCUUCCACCAAGCACAAGAAACUUUGUCAUAUUCUCCGUCCAGCCCACCCCUGGCGCCGACUUUGCUAACUGUACCAUCAACACGGACACUGGUCCUAAAGUACCAACGGUCGACAAGGUGGUCUGCACUGACGUUAACUCUAUCACAUGGAGUCUGGAGCCGAUGGGGUCAGGGAUGCAUUUCAGUGUCUGGUGGGCUUUUACUAGUCAUGCUUCAUUGCUGGGCGGAAUACGCCUCGACGAGUCGUACUUCAAGGACACAACACUCGCAGAUGGGAGCAAGUCACAAAGCUAUGUGGGGCCGCACAAGUUCACCUUGGAGACUACCAUGGUGAUGAACAAUCCCGGGGGCAAGAGAAAGAUGGAAGAGAGCGUGGAGUAG